UAUUAACAAUUUAUUUCAUAUUCUUAUUUAUCAAUUCUUUUAAUGAUUAUUGUAAAAAGUAGGAGGUACCUUUGUAAGUUUGACUGUAAUUUUAUUUGAAUUAAUAUCAAAUUUUUAAUUAGGUAAAAUUAAAUAUACUACUGCAUUUAUUAUAAUAUAAUACAAUAAUACUUAAUAAAUACUUAAUAGUAAUAAUUUAAAUCAUGUUAAAAAUUGUCAAAAGUAAUUAUUCUCCUUUCAUGGUACAAAUGCACCACUUAUCAUCUAGUAUAGUAGUAUGCAAACGGUUCACGAAGAAAACAAAACCUAUAAUACUUUAUAAAACCAUAUCAACCUCAUGUUCACUUAUUCAAAAUCGCAGUUUUUCUGGUACAUCUCCACCAAUAAUUACAGAUAUUAAUUAUGAAAAAUUGAAAGAGUUUAUUUGUCAAAAUGAAGCGUUAAUUAUUGAUGUACGUACUAAAGAAGAAUUAACUGCCACAGGAGUUAUACCGAAUAGUUUUAAUAUUCCACUCGACGAGUUAAAUACUGCAUUUGAAUUAACACCUGACAGAUUUUUAGAAAAGUACAAUAUUCCUAAGCCAGAUAAAGAUCAAAGAAUCGUUUUUUCUUGUGCCAAAGGAAUAAGGAGCUUAAAAGCAUGCCGUUAUGUUGCAGACUUGGGUUAUAAAAAUAUUUUCAAUUACACCGAAGGAUGGUUUGGAUGGGAGUCACACAAAGUCAAGUGUAGAAACAUUAGGAACAAUUUAAGUGCAUCGAUCAUAAUGUCGGUCUAUGAAAACGUAGACUACGAUGGCUUGUUGGCGAAAAUGGACCGAAAAUCGGUUGUGAUCGAUGUCCGUGAAUGUCACGAGCUUGCUGCUACUGGAUUUUUACCAAACAGUAUUAACAUUCCACUCGGUGAGUUGGAAAACGAUUUAAAUUUGCCCGCUGACGUAUUCGAGGAAAAAUACAAAGUACCCAAACCCGACAAAAACAACGACGAAAUUGUUUUCUCCUGUGCCCGGGGAAAUAGAAGUCGUCGUGCAGCUGAAAUCGCUUUUAAACUAGACUAUAAAAAAUUAUAUAACUACACAGGCGGUUGGGCCGAAUGGUCGGAGAAAAAAACAAGUACAUAAUAUUAUUUAAUAUUCGGGAACAACAAAAUGAAUCAAUGAAAUAUUAAAUAAGUAAUGCCAUUGUUUAAAUACUUUUAAUGGUACAACCAUAGAACAAUAUUACAACAAUGGAACAUUAUGGCUUCUUACCUACCUAUAGGUACUAGCAUAUUUCUUAAUUUAUCAUUGUCUCAAUAUCAGUAGGUUAACUUACCUACACUAUAUGAUCAGUUUAUAUUUUGUAAAUAUCCAUAAAUUAAAUAGAGAAUAUUACAUAAUAUACAAAUUUUAAUCUUGUCUGUUGUAAUAAUGAAAUGUUUUUUUUUAUCUCUUUACUUAUAUCGAUGGGUAAAAGACCAAUUGUUGUAACCCUCAGUUUGGUAGAAAUUUAUAUUCAAUCAGUAUGCAAUUUCAGCAAAGUACAUCAAGUUUCACAUAUUUUUUUUUUGUUUUAACCAAGUCAAGUUACUCGCAACCCAGAUUUCAAUUUUUACUAUAUCAUUUUAGCAUUUUGAUUUUAUUUGAAUUUUGUAAGCCAAUGAUGUGUUACAUAGAUAAAUAGCACCGAAUGUUGUAAGCCAAGGUAGUAGUCACAUAUAAACAUUAAUAUGGUGGACAAAUUACUUAUAUUAUAUAUUUUAUUCUAAGUCUAAGGUCCAUGAAGCCAUAUUGAGAUGUUAUGGUAAGAAUUGUUAUUCAUAUAGUUGCCCUUUUAAUCAAUGUAAAUUCUAUUACAUGUUAAUAGCUUAUAAUUUUUAAUUGACCAAUUUUUGUACAUUAAUAUACCUAUAUUAUCUA